AACUGCCUCAACAUCCUGUUUUUAAUUACUUCUCUCCAGCAGCAGAUGCUUCUCGCAGCAACCUGCUGUGGAUUACUCCCCUGAGAACUAAUGUGCUGUGACAGACCCCACUUUUCCAAUCAAUAACUCGCCCUAAAUCUGCCAUCUCUCUGCCUGCCAAACACACUCCCACUUCUAAUGGCACAUCAUUUUCUUUAAGGGGGUGUAAUUGCAGACUGUGGAAAGCUGUAGUCCAUUUCUGUUCCAACCACGCAGACAGUGUAAAGGAAUCUAAAAAAGAGCAGAAACUAUAACGCACGGGCGACACAGGAAGUGAAGGGGGCUUUACAGCCUCUUCUGUCUCGCCACCAUUACAGUCAAAUUCAAAGAGAAAGUAUUCACUUCCCUGUUUUGGCCGUGAGAGCUUGGUAUUCUGACAUCUUCAUGAGCUCCAUUUGGCUUCAUAAACCUGCUGUUGUGAGCUUGUCAAGAUGUUUGUUUGAUUUUUGUGAUUUUACUCGUGUGGAUGGAUGAGGAACAGAUUCAAAACAAUCCAUAUAUUAUGACAGUGGAUCUAAACUCCACCAACAUGUCUACAACUAUGAAGCCAGAGCAGGGACCAGUGGAGUACCGCAUUUCAGGCCUGAUUUUCUACUGCUUCAUCUUCGUCAUUGGAGUCAUGGUUAAUUUCACAGCUUUAUGGGUGUUUGCCCUAACCACAAAGAAAAGGAACUCAGUCACUAUCCACAUGAUAAACGUGGCACUGGUAGACCUCACCUUCAUCCUGCUGCUUCCUUUCAGAAUGGUAUACCACCACCAGGACUACUGGCCUUUUGGAGAUCUUUUCUGUCGAAUCAUGGCAGCCUUCACCAUUUUCUACCCUUGCAUGGCUUUGUGGCUGUUUGCCCUGAUUAGCACUGACCGUUACAUGGCCAUUGUCCAGCCAAAGCACGGCAAGGAGCUGAGAAACGUCCCGAAGGCUGUGGUGGGCAGUGUUGGGGUCUGGGUCAUGACCAUGGGCAGUUCUGUACCAUUGCUCUUCUCCCAGAAGGACCCUGACCAGGCCUCUAACUUCACCACCUGCAUCAAGAUGCAAGACAUCAUCCACAUGCGCCAUGACAACCCCGUCAACUUUGUGCGACUUAUCUUUUUCUUCCUCGUCCCCAUCUGCAUAAUGAUCGGCUGCUAUGUCGUCAUUGUGGACAAUCUGAUUCAUGGCCGCACCUCUAAACUCAAACCUAAAGUAAAGCAAAAGUCCAUCCGGAUUAUCAUCACACUUAUUAUCCAAGUGCUGGUGUGUUUUGUGCCUUUUCAUGUGUGUUUGGUUGUCCGUUUGCUGGGGAACGGCAUCGACGGUGGGUAUAGCACUUGGGCAGUCUUCACCACAUUCCUCAUGAACCUAAGCACAGUCUUGGAUAUCAUCCUGUACUACAUCGUCUCCAAGCAGUUCCAGGACAGGGUGAUUAGCGUGAUUCUGUACAGGAACUAUCUGCGGAGCGUGAGACGAAAGAGCAGGCACACGCACACAGGCAGCAUCAGAUCAAUGAGCAAUAUGACCAGCGCAAUGAUAUGAAACAGCCACAGUCAUUUCAAAAUGGGACUGCAAUACGUACUGUGAGCACUUUUGCACAAUGUAACACUGAAUGCAUCGCUGUGUACAUGGUUCAUUAUCAAAGGAAUCAAGAACUUGCAAUUAAUUUCCAAGGUGUAAUUUACACUCACAGUAUGGGAGUGCUGCUGUUGUGGCAAAAAACAUCUGUGUUCAGAGCUGAUUGACUCACCCAUGAGACUUGAGAUGGUGUUUUUCUUCUUUUUUUUGUGCAUCUUUGCUUUAGCAGACAAAGCACGAGUGGCUGUGUCUCAGGUGUGAUGUGUGCAGGUGAAAAUAAAGCUCACAUUCAUUUAAGACGUAGCACACAGUAUCUCAAUGUCUGCUUUGUUGUACGUGAGCAUUGAAACUCUUUUCAACCUACUCGCAGCAUCACUGACAGCCUCCACGGGGGUGGGGGUGGGGGGGGACAACUUACAGGAAACAAUGGUGGGUUUUACAUAUUGUCUCUUUGGUUUGUUAUCGUGCGGUGUUUUGAACUUUACCUCUGCAGCACCUCAGUUUCUGCAGAGGCGAAGUGAGCAAAUGUUGCCAUUGCUGCGGCAUGAUGUCAUGCACACAAGGAGCAAAGUUUUUUUGGCUGAUUUUAUAUUUAGAUUUGCAUAGAAAAAAGGGAAAGUCCAACCUGUGGUGCAGCACAUACAACACACCACAAGUUUUGUUAAAAUUGCUGUAAAUUUAUUGGCCAGGUGAUGGCAGCAUGGCACAGCUACAACAGAUCCCAUCAACCCAGGAGAGCAGGCCAUCACAGUGUUUUCUUGACUUUUGUCAAGCAGACUGUGCAAGAUUUUUGUUUUCUGUUUUAAAAGUCUUUUUCUUUGUUCAUUGGGGGAUUUCAUUUAUUACAUCCAGCUUCACAAAAGCCAACACUUCAGUUUUUCUUCCCCGUGAAACAACCAGUGCGCCUCAUUUACACAGAAGUCCUAGCAGCUUUCCGAAACAGGAAUCAGAGCAAAGCGUGUUUAUGGUGCAAUGUGAAUUGUAUUGAUUGGAUGUUAAAUGAUUCAGUUGCUUGGAGUGCAUUUACAGUAACAUGCUCGAGAGAUGUCAGGGAGGCUAUUCGGUAGAUUUAAAACCACCUUAAGCUUAAAAGAGAGAACCUUUUUUUCUACACGGAGAUACUUCAGUGUCAGGUCUCUGCCGCAAAAGUAAUUUAUUCUCAGUUUCUUCUUCCUCAAAUGACAGACAAGGAAAUGAGUUAGACGUGAAUGCGUGACAGUUCUGUCUCUGCCAAGUGGCUGUAAGUGGAAGAAAUGUGACGAUUUUGAUAGGUGUCCAGCCCAAACAUCACUAAGAAUUGAUUUUGGUGUGGCCAGUUGUUAAAAUAAUUGAGUUAUUGUUUCUGUCGCGACAACGCAAUCUUAAUUGGGUCAGACAGUAAGCCAGUGUAGCUGGGUAACAGUGUAGUGGCGCUUUCGAUUACACAGUAAGAGCACCCUGUGGUGCAAUCACAGAUAGCAAAGUUAUUGCAUAGCUGAUCACUUGCAAACACAGGCUAAAUAUACCGCAUUAAACUGUGAAAGUCUUUAAAAUGUGCCUGAUUCUGUUAAUGUUCUGAUUGAUUUUUCACAAGCAAGUCCAGCUGUAUUCAUACUCAGAGUAGUAAAAGGAUAAACUGCACUGAUGGUCCACGUGGCAUUCGGCUGAUUGGUUAACAGCAUUCAGAUGAAGAAGAGGCCAGUGUGUAUGGCAUGAAAGGGUUAGAUUUACACUGUCCUAAAUAAAAGAAGGCAGACAUCAAAAUUUCCAAUCUCGUGGAAUUCUGGGAACUGCAGUUCAUCAUAUGGUGAUAGGUUUAUUGGCUGGUGGACUACAAGUGGAUUUAUAAGGGAGAGGUCAAAGGUCAAAUGAAACAUCAGAGGCUUGUCUAUGUGUCCCACCUGUUAGACAUCAAAGACAAACCAGCCACAGUGCUCACAGCAACUGGCAUUUAAAACAAUUAAGUUUCCUGUCAAGUCCCUGUGAUGAAUUAUCCGGAAGCUUUACCCGCUGUAAUUCUAAAUCUUCCCAACAAGUGCCUUUGUUGUAGAGAAAUUAAUGAAAACAAGAUUGUCUUUCAUAGGAGCUGAUCUAACAGCGCAACAGCCAGCUGCUCUUCUUUGGGAAUAAAAACAGUCAGCAUUAAACACAGCUCGCACAAAAUACUUUUUUUUUCUCCUUUCUCUUUUUUUUCCCACCACUCGUGUGGAAAACAAAUCAGGCAGCAGGCGCAGUGGCCAUCUGUUUUGUUAUUUGAUAUGUGUGAAUACAUGUUGUAAUGACUUUGUUUGUGAAUCACUCUGCGCGGCAGAACACACGAGAGCUCUCGAAGUGCUGGAGUGUUCAAAGCUAAUCAUAUAAUUGGACACAAUAGUCGAUGACAAAUGGAGACGCUUGGAGCCAGCCAGCUGGGGAAGUGAAUAUGUAAUCAUUGUAAAAUCAUAUCAUUUUUGCAUAUUUGAAGACAGCUUAAUAGAGUUUGCGUGUCAGCACACUAUCAAAUGAUGAUCAGAGACAGUGUUGCUGCAUUUGUUUUUCAGAUUGUGCUUUUUUUAUAUAUUUAUCUGUGCCGUGAUUAAAAGUGUUUCUAAAGA